GUAAAACGUUCUUGAGCAUUAAAUAGAAAUGUGUGUUCUUUCCCUGAUCCUAUAACGGGGUUUAAGUUUGGUGGUGUGGUUCAACCUUAGCCAUGGAGUCUCUCCCUGGAAUUCACCACUAUCACCUUGCACUCUCUCACUCCCCACCACAACGGAGUCUGAAGUUAUGGCAUGCUUUUUCGUUUCCAACACCCAUCAGAGCUUCAUCUUCACCCGCACCCAAACAAAACGUAUUUUACAAACCCCAAACCCCCUUAACCCAACUUCUCAAAACCCUAAACCCUCUUCUCUCCCCUCUCGUCAAACCCACCUGCAUCGCCAUAGCCGCCACCGCAUUCUCCUUCAUGCGUCUCCACCCUCCUCCCGUUGCAUCGGCGCUUACACGUGCCCCUCCGCCACCCUCCUCGGCCUCAGAAAUUCCUUCCGAUUAUACUGCCCCAUCAGAAAUUCUUCCCGACGACACUACCGCUUCGGAUAUUCUCCCCGACUACACUGCCACGUCGGAUAUUGAUUCCGACGACACUGCCACGUCGGAUAUUGAUUCCGACGACACUGCCACAUCGGAUAUUCAUUCCGACAACACUGCCACGUCGGAUAUUCUUCCCGACGACACUGCCACGUCGGAUAUUCUUCCCGACGACACGGCCGCGUCGGAAGACGAGAUUGCCCCGUCAGAAACUCUCUCCGAAGAGAGCGUGGCCCAAGAGCAAUCGAGCAAUGACGUCGUUGAGCUUGAGUCCCUCCUACGGACAAAAAUGAGAGCCAGCGAAAUCGACGAAGCGCUCCUCGUCCUGGACCGUCUAAUUGAACUGGAACCGGAAGAGCUGGAGUAUCCGUUCGUCAAGGCGCACCUGCAACUGCUCAACGGCGAGCACGAACUCGCAUCGAUGGGGUUUGAGGAAUUGCUUCAGAGGGAUCCAUUCCACUUGGAGACGUAUCGAUGCCUGUUAAUGCUAAUUUCGGAGACGAAGGCGCCGACCGUGGAGCUUCUGAAGAAAAUCGAAGAGGCCGUGAAGGUUUGCGCGGAACAAGAGAGGGAUUCCGAUCUGAGAGACUUUAAGUUGUUGAUUGCGCAGAUAAAGGUUAUCGAUGGGGAUUUAUAUGAUGCGUUGAAGGUGUAUGAGGAGCUUGCGAAGGAAGAACCCAAGGAUUUUAGACCUUACUUGGGUCAGGGUAUUGUGUAUACUAUGCUGAAAAAGAAUGAUGAAGCUGAGAAGCAGUUUGAGAUGUUUGGCACGCUUGCUCCCGAGAAUCAUCCAUAUAAGCAGUAUUUUGAGGACAAUUCUAGGAUUUUGGAGACGGGACUACAAGACGCAAAGAGCUGACGCUGCAGAUAUUUGCAUUGUAGAGUGUACUGGUAGUUGGAUAACAAUGAUGAACUAAUGAUAGCUAAUGUUAAUUGAGAUUUUAUAAGUAGUGUAAUCACUUGUCCGCCUGCUUUGGUAAUUUGUAAAUGAAAGUGUGGAAGAAUGAGAGUGUGUAACACUGGUUUGAUUUGAAUGCUGGUUUUAAUUUAUGACAAGACUGGUUGUUGGUAACCAACUCAAUCUCUUGCGUCUUUUCCAAAUAUUUGGAUAGUGGAAUUUCUCACCUGCUGAUCCUUUCCUUUCACUACCUCU